CGGCUUUUUAUUUAUUCCUACGUGAGCAGACCCACUACACUUCUUGCAUACAAACAGUGAAAAUUACAACAUAAAGGACCCAUUAUUCCUUCUUUUGGAGUAAUUCUGCUGCUGGCCAAAGCCUGGCUCAUUUUGCAAGGAAAAGGAGGACAUCUCUGCAGGUAAUUCUACUGCUUCAAGUUUCCUCAUCUGCAAAAUGGAAGCAAUAAUGCCUGGUCUUGGCAGAACUUAUUGUGAGGCUAAAAUUGGCUGAUAAAUCUGAAAACGCUGUGAAAACAUUACAUUGCUACUAAAGAGUGUGGAAGGGUCCUGGAGCCAUUCUUAUUUUAGUGUACACCUUCCAUGGAUAAUUUUAUGCACAUUCAUCUCCUGGAAAGCAAUUGAAAAAUGAAGACAUUAGGGGAAAAUCUUGUUCUUAAGUAAAUGUUGCAGCCAAAGCAGAGGGAAUUCACCACCCUGUUGCACUGGCAGGACGCCCUAGGACCUCUGCACAAUACCCAGCCCUCCUUUGCUUCCAAGAGAUCCACUCUCUCAACAAAUGCUCAUUAUACAUCCAAAGUGAGCCUAGAAGCAGGCUGGAAAUACCCAAGCAGUAAAAAAAAAAAGCUCCAGCCCCUGUCAUCCUGAGCCUACAGACACUCCUCACUUGCUGGCAGGACUGCCAGGCCCAGACCCCUGCCCCCAGGCCGGGUGGUCUCAGUUCUCACUCAGAUUUCCAGAGGCUGCGAACGGGGCUCACUUUGCCUACAUGUGCACUUCAGCCAAGACACUCAGACAGUGAUUCUGCCCUCUGAAUGCCUUCGGAUGCCUCAAUCCUAUCCUGGCCACACCCCACUGGGUUUUGUGACGAACAAGGAAACAGCAUGAAAGAAAGCGAUGGCCCCAAAGGAGGAACUUGUGAUUGACACAAAUGGGGAUGUUCCCUUAGGGGCAUCAUGUAUCCUCAAAGAAGCCAGCCCCCAGGUCACUGAUUUCCCCGCCUGUUUACAUGCUCCGGAAAGAAGAUGUGUUUAAGUUUCCUACAGUUCUACAGUGGAAAUUGAUGCUCUGGGAAAGGAAGCCGUAUGUUCCAGACGUCGCAGGUUUCUUUUGGAAUUCACACACUGGGAGUCUGGCGCUAUCCCCUAAAUGGUACUUUUGUUGUCUUUUCGUUCAAGACAGCAAGCUUCUUCCGGGAUCAGAACCGCCUGCCAGCCUCUCUUGAUAAACAGCCCACCAGCUCUCUUGGUAGAUCAGAUGUUUAAUGAUUAGCCUAACUCAUUGUUUAUCUAAGUGGCAGUUAUCACCACGAUGAAAUAGAAUUUUAACGGCAGGGAGAGCAUUACGGAUAGCUCCCAAGGAGAAUCUACUGGCUGGGAAUGGCCAACAGAGCCUCCCAUACACAGAGGAGAGGACCACUUCAUCCUGGCUGGCAGAUCUCCGCAUCUGAGAUGCCAUCAUUAGAUGCUGUUCCAAAGACCUAAGGCAAUGUGCCCCGGAGAAGUGUAUGGUCCCAAUCCUUCCAAGUGAGGCUCAAUGGCCCAGCAAAAUAUGAAAGUGCGGCCUGUGCUUCUAAAGCGUAACAGCCUAGAGUCAGUGGAGUUCGUGAAACAACCUCACCAUCGCAGGAGCAAAUCUCAGCAGGUACGUUUCAAGGAAGAUGGGACCAGUAAGACUCCACCUGGCCUAGCUGAGGUUGACAUCCAAGCAUCUGAGGACCCAGCUGUGAUGGGCAAGACUCAGGCCUCCAGGCACCAUCACCUCCCCACCUACUCACUCUCCUUCCCCAGGUCCCAGAAGGCAGGGGGCUUUCGGAACAUUGCGAUCCAAACCUCCCCCAGUCUUAGGAAGCAUUUCCCAGUUUUCAAAAGGAAGAGACUCCCAUCCAGCAAGUCCCUGGUAGAAAUGCCAACAGCAUCCCAAAGUGCCAUCCAGGUCAACGGCAACCUCUCAGAACAGGACAUUGUAUCCUCAGAACUUGCCUACUUAAGGUUGGCUCAGCAUCUUGAGGAUGGGCCUCGAAGAGUCAAAGUAUCCCACCCAUUUCCUCCUAGAAUGUCCAAGGUGCAAAGCAAUGGGCCUAUUAGCGUAUGCUUGGAAGCAGGGACUUGGAGGCCCUCAGAGAAAGCAACUGCUACCAUUCAGGUCCCAGAUGAUAUUUACCACAGUCCUCCCUGGGCAGCUAGAAAGUCCACUCUCAGCCCAGACAGGUCAGGUGACAAAAGCAACUCCGUCCAUCCUCUGGUUGACCCGUGUCCAGGUGAUGGGAGAACAGUGCCACUAUCAGGUUCAGAAAGAUCCCCUUCCUGCUUAGAUGCCACCAGCGAUGCCAACUACAUGCCAGGCACAGGAAAACUUAAACCUGAAUUGCUCUUGCCCAAAGACAACUCUGAUGACAAAGACCUUGGCCCACUGUCACCUCAGUCAAAGGAAACAUGUAUUUCGUCACCUCCACGGACUCACAGCUCUCCCUCACCAGGCUUCCACAGCCAGCCCACCCAUUCAGGAGGGGCUUCAGACUGUUCUUCAUUGAGUAACAAUCACCAGGAUCUACUGUCUCUCAAAACUAACAGCGUGUCAAUUUCUGCCCCCAUGUGUCGGGAGCAGAUGGCAAAGAACCCCACCCAGUCAGACACCAUGGAGUUUCAAAACUGUUCAGGAAGCAAUCACCUCCCAUCUCCUCUUCCAAGAAGGGAGACCAAACUUCAGAACAAUGGAGAGACUGGUGGGAUUAAUCCAAUUCACCUGGCACAGGGGGAACUCUGUGAUCUCCAAGGCAGGCUGCAAUCCGUGGAGGAAUCUCUGCACUCGAACCAAGAGAAAAUUAAAGUCCUUUUGAAUGUAAUUCAAGAUUUGGAGAAAGCUCGAGCUCUCACAGAAGGGCGCAACUUUUAUCGAACUGGUCAAGAUCUCAACAAUUGCAGUACCUGCCAGAACACGGCGUGCAUCAUAUACAGUGUAGAAUAUGAUUUUCGGCAGCAGGAAGGCAGGUUCCAUGAAGUUCUACAGAGUCUGGAGGAAGCAGAACCAGUGGAGGAGACAUUUCCCCCACCAAAGUCCCCAGCAGAAACCCCAGUCCCUGAGAAACAGGACUUAAGGAGGAAAACCAAGAAAGUGAAGAAGAAAUGCUUCUGGUGGAUCUGAACUUGUUGGGUCCAUUCCCUUUGCCCUUCCCAGAUACCUCCCCAAGGUGGAGAAAUCACUGCCCUCAGGCCUUCUCUGCUUCUUAGCACAGGCCCCAGGUGGUUAGCCAUUCAACUUGUGAAAUGGGAAAGACUCAGGGCUGGUUUAGCUGCUGCUGGACACCUGACCACUAAUCUCACCUGAAUGAGUAAUGCCGCUUGCUGAGGACUUCAUGGACCCUAGAGUCACCACUUGCUUAGUUCGCUGUCACACAUGACCAGGCCACAUCCUGGUUUAAGAGUCUAGGUUCCCACCAUGAGCAAAACCCUAUCACAUUUCCAACACCUCCAUGAUGCUAAACACUUCCUUCUCAUCCUGGGUUUAUCAUCCCAAAAGAAAAAAAAAUAUUGUGAAUAACAGGAAGAUAGAGGAGCGUUAUAAGCAGAUACCCCAGAAAAAAAUUAGAUACAUAAACGGCAGUUUUCUAAGAUAUUGGCAUAUAGAAGCACAACAGAAGUAGGUAGGGCAUAAAAAUGCAAGAUCACCUGGUGGGUUGGGUCAUUUUUAUUUUUAAUUAGCCCUUAGAUCCCAAAUCAAGGAUGUGUCAUCUCAUGUUGUGUAAGCUUUACAGUCUGGCAGAGUGAGGUUACAGCAGGAUAUAAGGAACUUGGUGGUAUGGCUAUCCUGCAGUUGUAACUACUGCAGGGCCUACCUUAAACCAUCAUGUUCUCAGCCUGGGGCCUGAGACCUGUCGGCAAAUGGGUGGGACCUGGUUUGGGCUUGAACUUUAAGAUUCCACAGUUAAUGUCCCUGCAGUAUUUAAGACCACGAGAUCCAGUAGCUGUCUGUCCAUUUCAUCUUACCAGUAACAUAAGACUAAGAUAAAACACAACACUGAUUCUUGUUCAUUCAUCCCAGCAACAGCCUUGUAGAUAGGUUCCAAGGUAUAUUAAUCUUUACAAUCUCCCUUUGUGAUGACCACAUGAUGGUCACCUGAUUGAAGAAGCAUCAGGACUGGGGAUGAGGAUAUAUUUUUUUCCAUUUUUGUAUUAAAGACCUUCCCUUCCCAAAGUCUGAAUUCUUUUGAAGUCUGACUCAUUCUUUUGGCAAGACCCUCAUACAUGUGGGUCCAGUCAAACUUGCAUGGCUGAACAAACUACUAAAGUAAUAGAAUUAAUUGCUACAUACUCUUAGGGAUUAAGGGAUAGGUUGGAAAGGCUUGUAUCCUUUGCAUUGAAUUCUCUACCAGCCUGUGGUUGCAUUGAUGAUGCUUAGAAAAGGGAUCCUAAAGCUCAACAAGCAUUCAGUGAAGAAGGCAUUUCAUAAUCCCCUUUGCUGAAGAUCAGGUGUCUGAGUUAGAGUCUACAGAGUGCACGUGGGAUGUAUGUACCCCACUGCAAAUUGAGACUAACUGAACAAACCACUCCAACAGCUUCACCUUUCCCUGUCACCGUGCUGCAGUGCACAAAGCUAUUUCAGUGGGAGCAAGAGGGAAGUUUGGCAAAGAGUCUCGGCUUGUACUAUUUAAGUCUUGGAAUGUCAUUCAAGAUGUUCUCAUUCUGUUUCUAGUGUAAUGUUUAAACCCACAAAAUGAGACCGGAAUACAUAACACUAAGUUGGAAUUAAGAUAAAUACACUUGUCAUACUUAAGAAGUCACAUUUCAAUAAGAUAUGCUACCACUGGCUAAAAGCCACAGAUCUUUCUGUAUCCACACAAUCAACUCUCAGUUGGCCCCAACAGUGGAAAAGAACAGCACAGAGGAUAAUCCAAUAAGAUAAGAUCAUUUGGGAUCUCUUAUAUAAUUUUUCUCAUAGUAGAGCUUCCAUCUUAAUUUGCUUUGCUUAUGCUAAUUUUCAAAUUAAUUUAUAUUCUCGGGUAGCAUGCUAGAAUAAAAAUAAUCCUGUUCCUAGAAUUAAGAGACCCAGGCAACAGAACAGUCUAUUACACUAACCUUGGCAAGUUGCUUAAAUUUUCAGGACCUGUGUCUCCACUCUUGAAUGGAGAUAUAAAUACCUACUCUACCUACUUUAUAAGCUCUGUGCACAUUCCAACAUCAAAAUGAGCAGAAUGCAGAAUGACCCAGAGCUGAGCAGGAUCACUUGCCAGAGUUAGCCUGGAAUGAUGAAGAGGUAUCUGAGGUAACUCACACAAAAAGAAUAAUCCACCUCUUGGAUAAUGAAGCUCACCUUGUCAUACACUUACAACACUGAGUUGGGGACCUGAGAUAAAUCCUCAACUGAAUUAAAUGAAACUGGAGUUGGAAAAUGUUGACAUUUCGAAAACAACAACAACAACAACAACAAAUGAGGCUAUGAUAAUUCUAUACCAAAGCACAACACAGCACUGCUCAGGCCACCAACCUGAAAUCGGGAAGGGGGUCUCUUCUGAAUAUUGAACACUUUAAAUAGGAGGGAAAUGGGUUCAGUAAACAACAUCCUGCUGAACAAAAAUGAUCAUCUCUAUGUUUCAAACAACACACAGAUCCAUAUGCCAAACCUCUACUCACCUACCAUGUGAAAUCACUUCUUUGUAAAAUAUUAUGUAACAUUACUAUGAUAUUCUACAGAAAUGCUGUACUUGAGGUUAUAUGGUUUUAUGAGAGAUAUUAAUUUAACAAAAAUUACUUUUAUAAAAUUGAAGGGAAAAAGACCAAUACAUCAACUUCAGUUGCAGGAGUUUAUGUAGCUGCUUUCUCUGUAGUUAAAAAAAAUAUGUACUCACUAUACUUGGAACUUCAUACCAGCUCAUCUAUAGAGCACCUUCUUAAAGACUAUGUACCAAUGUAAGGUUUUGUAAAUUUCUAAACUGUUUUAAAUGGGAUAUUAUC